GCCCCCCAGGGCCCCGCUGGGAAGGUGACAGUUGGCGGCCGGUCGCCGCCGCCAUGUUCCACAGCAGCACGCAGCGGCGGCACUGGACCUUCGGCAGCGAGGAGGAGCUGGCUCGGAGCCGCGCCGAUGCCAACCGCAAGUUCCGCAGCAGAGUGGCGGCGGCUGGGAAGGUGCCGCCGAGCGAGCCGUGCCUGCUGGAGCCCCACGAGGAGCUGGCGAUCUGCAAGUACUACGAGAAGCGGCUGCUGGAUUUCUGCGCCGUCUUUAAGCCUGCCAUGCCGCGGUCGGUGGUGGGAACAGCUUGCAUGUAUUUCAAACGCUUUUACCUCAACAACUCAGUGAUGGAGUACCAUCCUCGGAUAAUAAUGCUAACAUGUGCGUUUUUGGCCUGUAAAGUAGAUGAAUUUAAUGUGUCCAGUGCACAGUUUGUUGGUAACCUUCGAGAAAGCCCUCUUGGACAGGAAAAAGCUCUUGAACAGAUACUGGAAUAUGAACUGCUACUUAUUCAGCAGCUGAACUUCCAUCUUAUCGUGCACAAUCCAUACAGGCCGUUUGAGGGAUUCCUAAUUGAUUUGAAGACUCGUUAUCCGAUGCUGGAGAAUCCUGAAGUGUUGAGGAAAACGGCUGAUGACUUUCUCAAUCGAGUGGCUCUGACAGAUGCAUAUCUACUCUUUACUCCCUCGCAGAUAGCUCUCACUGCUAUCCUAUCUAGUGCUUCAAGAGCAGGAAUUAAUAUGGAGAGUUACUUAUCAGAAAGCCUUAUGCUGAAAGAAAACAGAACAUUCUUGGCCAAGUUACUAGAUGGCAUGAAAUGCAUGAAAAAUCUGAUAAAGAAAUAUGAACUGCCAAGGCCUGAAGAGGUUGCGGCUCUAAAACAGAAAUUAGAGAAGUGUCACAGUCCGGAGUUUUCACUUAAUACCAACCUGAAGAAGAGGAAAGGUUGUGAAGAUGAUGACUAUAAUGCAAAAAAGCCUAAAAUGGAUGAGUUUAUAACUGAAGUUAAUACCAAUACCGAAGCCAUGAGUGGAACGGCAAGCCCAUCAAUUUGCAGUGACAGAAGAAAUGCAGAGGCUACUGAUUGAUCAUUGAUGACUCAACUGCAAAAGUAAUGAAGCCAUAAAGAAGGCAAGUUAUUAGUAAAAGGCUGCAGGAUGAGCUCCCAUGGAAAUCUCUGAAAAGGUGUUUGUAAUAUAAAGGAUGAACUAAACCUCAAACAGGCAGUGAAAAUGGGCUGCUGAAACGACCUUCGUGACUCUGAGGCUGGGAAUGGGUAACUAGCUUUAAGGUUAAAGGGCUUAGUCACCACUAGUUAAAAUAUUUCUUAGUCUGUAGUCUCUUCAUGUAACGGUGCUGUUACGUACUAAAUCCUGGUCAUAAAAAAAAUAAGGGUUUUUGUUUGUUUGUUUUCUCCUUCUUUGAUAAGCAUUAUAGCAUGCUUACAGAAACAAGCUGGGGUCUAUCCCUUGAGGCUUUCAGUUGGUUUUUUUGGUAUAAGCCACCACUAGCUGAAAACAAAAUCUUUUCCUCUGAUGUGUUUAUGUGACUGAGUUACCUCUGGUUUCAUCAUCCCUGCGGAAGACAGCACAGUGGGUGGGUGUAAACGUAGAGUGACAACAGUUUUAAUGAACUCGGGGAUCAAAGUUUAAGUGGAGUCUUACAACAAAAUAGGGGAAACAUCUUAAACUGUUCUCACAUUUAGCAACAUGGGAAGCUUGAGCAGAAAUCUGAGAUCAUUGGGAGUUGCCAGGAAAUAAAAUACCGUUUGUCUUUUUCACCAAUUGUUACCUAUAGUCAUAGGUCAAGCACAUCAUGACAAUCUGGGAGGGAGCCUAACGAACAUUCUUCUGUGUAGGACUUGCAUGAAUUUGUAUUCAUCUUUUUCCAUGUUGACUGACAUUCUUGCUGGCUGUCAGAAGUAUAACAGCCCCUGGCUGUGUAUUGUCUUCCACCAGUCCUGGCAGAAACACAUGCAUGUCAAGUAAGGUGGACAGACAAACUAAGUUUUAAAAUCAGUGUAAAGUUGCUGUUCACAUCUUUUACUGAUAGUAGGCACAGUCGAAGAGAUCAAAGUGACGUUAUUUGUAUUACUUGAACUCUCUUCAGCUGGCAUAUGUAAGGGAUGUUACCCUGAUACCAUGUGCAGCAAUACCAGCUGGUCCAUGUUCCUGCAAAACUUACCCUCUGGCUGUGC